AUGGGUCUGCCGGAACAGUUAUCCGUUGCUCCUGAGGUCAAAAUAAACGUAGUUCAUAUCAUCGUUCUUUAUUUUGUGUAGGAUGAUCUGUGGAUCCAGAUAACAAGCAAGGAUUUGGUCACCGGGACUUUCGACUACCGAAACUCAUACACUUACAAAAAGUUCAUUGAGGCAUUGCACCUGCCGAAGGCUGAGGUGAGUUAUAUAAGCUUAUGGCCACUUUCCAUUUAGGCUGACUCGAACGAACUUAUUGAAGCUGCCGAAGACGAUGAACUGGCUAAGGCACUUGACCAUCACUCAAUCGUUACAUCUCAGUUGCCCGAUACGCAAGAUGAUCAUGUCCAGACGGCUGAUGAAAUUAUAGAGGAGCUAGACCGAAUGAUGGUCGACGACGCUUUAGAACCGGAUCUUGACCUCGACUUCGUCGGAUCCCAAACCUGUGACGAUCAGGCGUUUUCGUACAUAUGGAAACCUGUUGAGGGUGAGCUUAUAGUUUCGCAUGCCGAUAAAAUGCACUUUCAUACAUGUCCACCUAGGUACAACCACCUAAAUGAACAUCGCUGACAUCGUCACUAAUAUGUUUCCGCCUCUUCUAUUUUCACUCAGCUCUAAUACCUCCUCAGACAGUUGUCGUCAAAACUUAUGUCACUUAGCAUCCUAUAUAGUUGUAUUGAAAUGUUUUACUAAACACACGGACGACCCUGACAUCAGUCAAUCGUAUGUUCCGCUUGUGACUACUGGUUGCCGCCUUGUGGAUUUCAGAGAACUUUCGGAUUUAUAAACAGACCAAGAACAACUGCCGAAUAUAUUAUAGUUACGACUGAUAGCGGUCUUAAUGAGCCUUAGGGUUACCUCUACGUUGUUUUACAACUCACUGUCGGAGUGGCCAAGUACACUGGCUCUGCUGUGUAACCACUUUUCCAAUCACACUUUUCGGGGUUAUUCGUACAGGCACGUGAAUAUCAGGAUAAUGAUAACCAGUUAUACUGCCGAGCGAAAUCAAUAGGUUAUGUAUAAAAUCGAUCUUCGAGGAAGUCCUACCGGCCAUUUAUAUUGUCAUUUCAGAAGCCCAUAUGUUGGAAUAGGUUUCAGGACUUGGUGGUGCAAGAUCGCAUAACUUUGCGGCUUUUAUUGCCUUCCCUUUAUUUUAAAAUUCUAAUUUUUCAGUUCUGACCGCGCAUCUUAAUAUCCAAUUUUGUUGUCAUGCUGCCACCAGAGACUUGGUUGAGUGUUUAAUUUACGUACUGGCUGUUUCUACAGUCAGAAUGGCAUUACCGACAAAGACAAACGAGACUGGAAUGGCCAUUGUGGGCUUAUUAGCCGUCGUCAGCCAGUCAUACCCAAGUCCGAAGUGUGGAACACCCGAGGCUCGAACUCGCGACCUGUUAGUUAGAAGUCCACGCCUCUAACCACGGCGCCACGAGCCCGUCGCCCUGCCGGUUUUCGAUCGGGAAUAUACAAUGGUAGGGGGCGCUCACCGAUCGUUCAUACGGAACUCACUCGUGCUGUUGUGCCUUAAGGGAUCUCUCUCGAGCCCAACCAGCAGCCGCACAGCGGCGCAUGAUAUAUAGGCGGAAUGGCAUUACUGACAAAGACAAGGGAGACUGGGAUAGCCAUUUCUGGAUUAUUAGCCGUCGUCAGCCAGUCAUACCCAAGCCCGAAGUGUGGAACACCCGAGCCGGUAUGACUGGCUGACGACGGCUAAUAAGCCAGAAAUGGCCAUUCCAGUCUCCCUUGUCUUUGUCGGUAAUGCCAUUCUGCCGAUAUAUCAUGCGCCGCUUUGCGGCUCCUGGUUGGGCUCGAGAGAGAGUCCUUGAGGCACAACGGAACGAGUUCCGUAUGAAUGAUCGGUGAGCGCCCCCUAUCAUUGUUUCUACAGUGUCAAACGCAGGGUAGUCCAAUCUAGGGUUCAAAUAAAAUUAAUUAUACCUUAAUAUAUCCAGGUGCAGGGUCAGACAGAGUUUAAUUUUCCGCUCGACCGUCCAUGAUUCAACUAGAAAGUUUGUCGGGAAGUAUGUCUAAUUAGAGUUAGCAUCAUUUGCGUAUCGCCCAAUGUGAUCUUUACCUCUAACUCAGCAUUCUUGGAAGACAUGGUCCGCGACAGUGAUGGAUAUUGGGAGAUCUUUUGGUAGAGACUAGCCCUAAAACACACUGACUCCCGAUUCUGUUGCAGAGAUAGUCAUUGAUCGCCAAUGGUAAGACUGCGAAGCUGCAGACAGUUGUGGUCUGACCCACCCAGUACAGUACACUUACACUGCGUUUUGUAACAACAACGUAAUUUGGCAAUCACGAACAUCCAUUAAACAGGCUCUUUUGACACCUGCAUUUUGCGGUCAAGUCUCAAAAAACCAACUCCCGGACGACGGAAUCUCGGACAGUCUGAAUCUGCUGUUCCUGCCUCCUGCUUUUACACCGUCAACUUACGCCUGACCGUUCACCAUGCGCUAACAGUCUGAAAAUCGGUAGCCUCCACUGCUGACAUGUUUACAUUUGUCCAUUUUGGGUCUACUUUAGCAACUUCCUGCACUAACUUUCCUUGAAGCACUUUAUUUGCGUCAGGGAAUGGUUAUUACUUCCUGGCAGGAGAACAAAUAUCUUCUAGAAUAAUUCAAUCAGCGAAAGAUUGGCGUCGUCCAGACUUAGUGUGCAUGUCACCCACUUUGUCUGUAGAUAACAGAAAAGACUACAAGUUCUCCUAACAGCUGCGGAAGUGAAGAUGCCGUGCAUCUGCAAGGCGAGUUCUUAGCUAGCGCACGGUGGGGGACCGUUGGGCGAGUGCUGAAAGACUUGUAAAUUUUGCUAUACUAAACUGCAUGGUUGCUGCAAACUCCUACUUCCACCACCCUAGAAAACACCUAGUGAUGACCACACUCAAAACUAAGUCAAAUGCAGCCGUGCCAAAUCAGUGUUAGACUCUCGAGCGAUGCUUAUUGUAGACGCAAUCAACGAAAGUGGCCAUAAUCGUGCCUUGAAUGGGUCUGACUACUGCGCAGACUACCUGCUGUUGAAAAGGCAGGGCCAGCAAAGAACUAAGAUAUUGACUAACUUAAGGGUCUGCCACUACUGCCAGUUUUCGACUGAUUAUCACUGACCACUUCGCUGCACUGAUCCACGUACCUGCUGCAUCGUAGGCGUCUUUAUUCGAAAACAACUGGCUCGAACAACACAGCCACAGCAAGCAUUGUCGCAGGAUAAGACAGUUGGAUUGGGUGCUAAUGCAUAGUUUUUUCGCUUUAAUGGCGGUCCACACUUCGAGAACUUGGGUUGUAAAACCAUACACUCUGCUUGACACGAUCGUGCCGAAUUCUGAAGUAAAACUGUUCGAGAUAUCGAGCGCGUAUCGGUUAAUUCAUGUGCGAGGGACUUAUACCUGAUUUUAAAGAUGAGUCAGUCCUGUGACUCUUUGGCUUCAGUAAUCGUAACCAAAAGGCCACUGGUAUCGUCGGUUUCAGCCAUAACGCUCCAGGGAUAGAAGCGUUUUGCUCGACAUCUGAACCUGCCAGGCUCGUUCCAGUCGGCUGUCCAUUUUAAUAACGCACUUGCAACUACAGUCUAUCGUUCUCCUAGGAGAUCCUUAAGGUGCUAACAGAACUGAGCAACAAAAAAACACCUGAGGUGGUCUGCCCUCCAACGGCAACUCACAAGUGUCGUUCGACAUUAUCAACUGACCGGUUGCAUGACCUGAUCUAAGCUUGGGAAGCAGUAACCGCACCCACAUAUUCGAGUGACGCUGUUCUGAAGCCGACCUUAAAUAUGAUGACGGGCUGCGUGGCGUAAGCUUCCUGACACUGUCGGUCGUGACAUCAGCAUGCCCCGUCUCUGCUGAACUAUCGAAGAUCGUUACUGUUGCCAAUAAUUGAUUUUCAUCUAUUUUAUGAAUUCGACCCCGUCUGUCGACAUCCCCGCUGAUUGAGAGUCGUCAAAGGGAACUUUAACUGCAUCUCCAGCCCCUUAACCCGUGAGACUGAUGUGCCAACUGGCUUAACCUUGUUUAGAGAACUAUCAUUCGUGACGCGGCAAGCAUGUGACACGAAGCCGCUUAAAUUAGUCAUGAUAAAUGCUAUCAUAAGUAACAUCCUCGACUGCACAUCUGGCGCGCCCCACCUGCUCUAUUAUUCGACAACAAAGACCGGAUGCUGUAGGUUCGAAAGCCACCUCUAUGUCUUCACGAACUGUCCUAGUCAAUUUCUGGGCUGACCUAUCGCUGCUUCCAGUUAGGCAGAGACAGGACAUUUAGGAGACGGUCGACAGAGAAGACACCCAAACCGAAUCCACCUUUGAUUAUCAUGUUCUGUCCUUAAUUUCUUAUUUACCUUCCUAAUUCUAAUCGAACAUAUUUUUUGAAUUCUGUCACACCUUUGAAGUUAUAGCGGACGAUGGUUUGGACCAUACCGACGUCUGCCAGACAUAUGUCUCACAAUGUCAUUGGCAAAGUCGAGUGUAUCCCUGCAGUCUUGCAUAACGGAGCCAGAUGUAACAGCACUUGGAGUUUUUUCUGAGGUUCUUCAAAUGAAGAGGGUGUUUCAGAGGAGGCGUGCUGUUAAUAGAGUGUAUUAAUUCAAGUCAGAUUGUGAGACUUUGCAAUGGAAGGCUGUAAACCAUAAAGCAGUCGGCUGGUCACCAUCAUUGUUCCCUCUUUGUGUUUACUAUCCUAGGCAUCCUAAGAACCAGGUACACUACCGAAAAUUAACGACGUCUUGCUUGAAAUGUAUAAUUAUGCAGCCAGUUUGACGUGAGGUUGCAAUACUGACGAGCACCGAAUAUAAUCUCAAGUUUGUUCCCGUGUGGGGGUUCUUCAUCGAGAAAACCAGGCAUAUUUGGUUGCGCACCUUUUCAAGCGGGCUUUUUACAAACCGAGAUCUUCCCUUCCUUCAAAUUUCAGGUCUGAAACUGACGUCGUUUUCUGUAAAACGGGUCUUGUCAAUUUCUUACUGGAAACUAAUUAUUAUUUUUUCGUCAUUGUCGAAAAUCGAUUUAGGCAAAUGGGUAUUUCAUCUUUAAUGAGAUCAACCAUAUAGGUAAAAGGUUAACAAUCUACUCAGUAGGCAUCAGACUUGAGGCAUGCAUGCCGGUUUCGCAUCAUCAUUUAAGUAAUGUUUUCAAUUUACUGACGUGAUAAUAGUUGGGAUCAAUGUUUUAUGAGUUUCUGUUCAUAUUGUAAGUUCUUAGCUCUUAUCUGUUAUUACCGUGUCUGUCUAUCCACUCUAAAUUCUAGUUCUUAAUCAGCUGUCAAUUCCCCAGCUGAAUCACCUAGUCGAUGAGAUCGACUCCUGCAUCCGCUACUACUCAGCGUGUCUGGUUCACGAACUUGCAACCCGCGAAGAAUUGGAUUAUGAACAAGAAUUGAAAGACAUCUUCUUCACUCUUCUGCUUGAAGUUCACUCGCGGAUCGAGGGUUCCGACACGCGCUCCCGGUCUGUCAGUCCUGAGAUAAAGGCUGAUACCAAGGAAGCGGGUGGCGACUCUAAGAAGACCUCCUUCCUAAGUAAGACCCGUCCUCAGUUAUUUUAUUGCCCCAUCCUCCUCUUCCCCUGUUAGCCUUUCUAUUUGUGCACAAAUAGGCGGAAACUCGGCCUCCGCAAAGGCCACACUGGCCAAUGCCGCCCUCGCGGUCCGACUACGCUGGCGACGCAUGGGCCGCAGUAUCGAAACUGCUCGCUCAAGCAGCCUAUCGGCUGCCGGUGGGCGUCUGAUGCGACGCACUUCCAGCGCUCUUAACUACCUCCGUCGCCUCACACAGCCCAUUCGAAGUCAGGAUGUGGCGGGUGCUGCGCAGAGGAUCACCACCUCCAACUCCACCAUUGAUUUGCCCUGCCUUUUUGAAUAUCAGGACUCGGAGUGGGCCGACAUGCAGUCCACUGCUCACCGGGAUGGAGAAUCGCUGUCUGCAUCGGCCACACCCACGUCCACCCUUUCACCCAGGCGCCUACCCUGGUACGAAUCCUCCGGCAGUUCGAUAGCCAGUUCUAUGAAGAAGAGGCGGGCUAAGCGUGGACCUAGCCGUGAGGAAGAUCUGAAGGUGAGCUGCAUGAUUUUGGUCAUGUGUUGCGGAUAAUUGCGAGUGGGCUGCAGGGAGUAACGGCCUUCUAAUUCUUCACACUCUCUCUAGUUCUUGAGCACCAGGAUCCCCUUCCACCUGUCGGCAACUGGAGAUGGACCCACCGUUGGCCACUUGGAGCUCUUCAAUGACUUUCUGCGCUGCAUGUUGACUAAUAAUCCGAACUUGACACCACUUCUGACCGACUACAUUCUCAAUGGUAAGCCUCCAAGCAAACAUGGAAUCAUAAGCUGACCAACAGGAGGAAAUAUCCGAGCCUCAUCUGAUCAGUGUUGACUCUCUUGUAUCCCAGGUUCAGCAUUUAGCCUAGGCUAAUGUCAGUGCAGCAUUCAAGCAGGUAAAUCCCUUCAAAAGGUGCUCAUCAGAAACUCGUGCAAAAAACCUUGUUGUACGUGGUAGAGGCGGCGGCUAACCCCUGUUUGUUCAUCAACAAGAGUCAAACACACCAUCUUUCUCAGCUAGCCAUAUCUUAAUCCCCGAGCUAAACAGUCUGGGACUUGAGCUCGAGCUCAGACGUUCACAGCUGGGAUUCCAUGGCUCAAAUGGUUGAGAACUUGACUGGGAGUGUCCGAUGAUCGACUGCGAUCGAUAAGCCAGAAGUAGCCAUUUCAAUUUCGCUGGACUUCUAGCUUAUCUGUCACUACGCAACCGUCUGCGAAGACCACAAGGCAAGAAAUAAAUAACACUAAUUACUCCGUAACGGUCACAAUCCUCCAAUAUGUUUGGGGCUAAAACUUCUAUAGUGCAUCACUACUGGGCGUUCGUAUCGUAAGUUGACUGAAAAGACGCGAACCAACAGCGAAAGUGGCGAAGGAUAAAUUGAAUUUAUAGGUAUUUUUGCAGAUUUUGAAUAAUUCUGAUCCAACUGCGAAAAACUCGGCGACCUAGGUGGGAUUCGACCCACGACAGCAAGGGGAGGCUUGAGUACGGCCAACGCUCUAGCCACCCGAGCUGCGAGGCCCCACCGGGAACUGUGAGUUUAAUCACAUUUGGGCGAAGUUACCCGCCCAACCUACUGCAGCGUCUGGAGUCCACCAAAUCUGACACCGUAAGUUGACUGCCCAAGCAGGAUUUCCUAAGUAAUUCACCUAUAAUCCACCGAGAUGCCGAGUUUUUCACAGUUGGGUCAAUAUGAAUUUUUGUAUAUUCUUUGAUUAUCUCGCCCACUUUCUUUGCCAAAUGACAUCCUACAGUAAGACUUUCGGCAGAAAUUUUUUUCUGUUUUUCUGUUUGAAAUUCAUACCGAGGAAGUAUUGCUGAAAAAAAUAUAUUUCAAUUUCUGCUGUCACGGGGUUUAGGAUUCUACUCAUUUAUUGGCCAUGCCGGCUGGAGUCGGUGUACUUAGAGAGUUCUUCGUUGGCGCUGAUACUCCGUUGCGCGUGGUGUGAUAGGGAAGUAUGUAUAAGUCUCGGUCGUGAUCCCUACCAUCUGCUAUCAGAUCUUAUUUUCCAUGGGAAGCUGAGAAGACUACUACGUGUAGCACGUAAUGCCAGGUGUCUAAAUUGCAGUAUACAUUCUCUGACUACCUCUUCUAAUCCAUUUUAGUGUACGCGCCAGGAGAUAAAUCAACGCCAAAAUUAAUCAUUUGA